AUGUCCCCCUGGACGUCCUGGAGCCAGUGCAGUGUGUCCUGUGGUCUAGGUUCUCUGUUCCGGCAGCGGGACGUCCUGAGGGAGGCCCUGCCUGGAGGAGCCUGUGGGGGGGCACAGUUCGACAGCCGAGCCUGCUUCCCCCGAGCCUGUCCAGUGGACGGUCACUGGUCUCCUUGGACGCACUGGUCAGACUGUGAUGUCGCAUGUGGCGGUGGACUCUCACACAGGAACAGAAGCUGCUCUCCUCCAAAGAACGGGGGUCAGGACUGUGAAGGCCCAAGUCAGCAGAGCCACAGCUGCCACCUCCAGCCCUGCACCGCGGACGUGGGCACUCAGACCGGUUGUACACAUGGUUUGGUGCUGGUCUCAGAGGAAGACUGUCAGAAGGGGAAAGUGAAGCCCUGCCCCCCCACCUGCCCCCACCUCGGCCAGACCAGCAACUGCACCAGCGCCUGUGUGGCAGGGUGCCGCUGUCCCCCAGGCCUGUACCUGUCCCAGGGCCGGUGUGUGGCUGUGGCUCAGUGUGGCUGUCAGUGGGGGAGCCACAGUCUGGAGGAGGGGCAGGUCGUCCGCAGAGACCCCUGCACCACAUGUGUCUGCGCAGGGGGGCGGGUCUCGUGCAACUCCAGCAGCUGUGUCCAGAGCUGUCAUUGGUCAGCCUGGUCGUCAUGGACACCAUGUGACGUCAAGUGCGGGGCAGGCCUUCAGCAACGCUUCAGGUCUCCACUGGUCCCAGCUGGAGCUGCCCGAGUUCAGCCCUGUCCCGGAGACUCAGGCCAGUCCCGCCGCUGCCUCAGCCCUUGUGUCACUGAUCACCCUGAAGGAGAGUGGAGUCCGUGGACCAUAUGGUCAGAGUGCAGCAAGACCUGCUUCAGCCACGUGGACUAUGUGGGGGUCAGGAGGAGGUUCCGGAACUGUCACAUGACCUCAGCCUCUCUGACCCCCACCUCAGGCUCUCUGACCCCCCCCUCAGCCUCUCUGACCCCCACCUCAGCCUCUCUGACCCCCACCUCAGCCUCUCUGACCUCAGCCUCUCUGACCCCCACACACAGCUCCUGUGAGGGGGACGCUGAGGAACAGGAGCCCUGUAACACCUACCGCUGCCCAGUGAUUGGCGGCUGGUCCCUGUGGUCUCCCUGGUCCCUGUGCUCCUCAGACUGUGACUCUGGAGUUCAAACCAGAGAGAGGUCCUGCAGCUCUCCAGCAGCUCAGUACGGAGGGGAGACCUGCCCUGGGCCUCACAUACAGACCAGGGACUGCAACGCCCACCCCUGCACAGGUGUGUGUCCUCAGGGCAUGGUCUCCCUGACCUCUGCCCAGUGUGAGGCUCAGGGCGGGGCUUGUCCAAGGGUCUGUCUGGACAUGACUCCUGCUGAAGUGGAGUGUGCCACCACCUGUUACGACGGCUGCUACUGCGCCCCGGGGUUCUACAUCUACAACAGGAGCUGUGUGCCUCUGGCCAGCUGCCCGUGCUACCACCAGGGGGCGCUGGUCCCCGCGGGGGCCUCACUGCCACACGACGCCUGUAACAACUGCACCUGCAGCAACGGAGAAAUGCAUUGUGGGACAGCUCCAUGCCCCGUGGACUGUGGCUGGAGCUCCUGGACUCAGUGGAGCAGCUGCAGUCGUACCUGUGAUGUGGGUGUGAGGAGGCGCUAUCGCUCUGGGACCAACCCUCCCCCAGCGUUUGGAGGUCGUCCGUGUCGAGGGGAGAGAGUGGGCAUGGACACCUGCAGCGUAGAGCCCUGCUUUGGAGUGAAGGAGCCAUGGAGCCCGUGGUCCCUGUGCUCAGUCACCUGUGGAGGAGGCUACAGGAGCCGGACCCGAGGGCCCAUCCGCACUCACGGCACAGCACAGCAGUUCAGCGCCUGCAACCUGCAGCCUUGUGGAGGGGGGCGGGUGUGUCCUCCCCAGCAGCAGUGGGCCCCCUGUGUGACCGGCCCUGUGACCUGCUCAGAUGUUCUCAUGAACCUGAGCCGAAACUGCACCCCAGGCUGCCUCUGUCCUCCAGGGAUGCUGCUGCAGGAUGCAGCUGAGUGCGUCCCACAGUCUGAGUGUCGCUGUGACAUCGACGGGAAAACGUAUUAUUCACAGGAAACUGUCCCAGUCGACUGCAACAACUGCACGUGUGAAGGCGGAAGGCUGGUGAACUGCUCCCAGCUCAACUGUGAGGCUGACAGUGCGUGGUCCCAGUGGACUCCAUGGGGCCUGUGCUCGGUCUCCUGUGGGACCGGUCGUCAGUCUCGGUACCGGUUCUGUUCCGGUGCCCUGCUCUCCUCCUCCGCAGCCUGUGAUGGUCCUCAACGAGAGGACCAGGUGUGCGUCCAGCAGCGCUGUGACCGGGACGGGGGCUGGGGACAGUGGACAAACUGGACACAGUGCUCUAAGACGUGUGGAGGAGGAGUGAGGAGCAGGAGGAGAGAGUGCGACAGUCCGACUCCCGAAGGAGACGGAAACUACUGCGAGGGUUUGGGGACAGAGGUGUCCUCCUGCAACACCCUGCACUGUCCAGAGGUCCCAGGCUCCGCCUUCAGCAGCUGUGGUCCGUCCUGUCCUCGCUCCUGUGACGACCUUGCGCACUGUGCCUGGCGCUGUGAGCCCGGCUGUUACUGCACUGAGGGGAAGGUCCUGUCCUCUAACGGGACAGUGUGUGUGGACAGAGAGGACUGUCCCUGUCUGGACCUCAGCACCGGUCAGCGCCUGCAACCUGGACAUACCCGCCCUUCCCCCGAUGGACACAACAACUGCACCUGUGUUGGAGGAACCCUGAACUGCACCAGAGCUUUGGGACCAGGUACAAACUGGGGACCUACAGACUGGGGACUUACAGGGGACCUACAGACUGGGGACUUACAGACUGGGGACUUACAGACUGGGGACCUACAGAAUGGGGACUUACAGACAGGGGACAUACAGACUGGGGACUUACAGAAUGGGGACCUACGGACUGGGGACUUACAGAAUGGGGACCUACGGACUGGGGACUCACAGAAUGGGGACUUACAGACAGGGGACCUACAGACUGGGGACUUACAGACAGGGGACUUACAGACAGGGGACCUACAGACUGGGGACCUACAGCCUGGGGACUUACAGACUGGGGACCUGCAGACUGGGGACCUACAGACUGGGGACCAACAAACUGGGGACCCACAGACUGGGGACCUACAGACUGGGGACGAACAAACUGGGGACCCACAGACUGGGGACAUACAGAAUGGGGACCUACAGACUGGGGACAUACAGACUGGGGACCUACAGACGGACUGGGCACUUACCAUAAAUAUUUGCUUCUUUAGUCUUCUCCUCUUUCAGUUUGACUCUGGGUCUUUCCCCAACGACUUUAUGACGUGUGGGGCGGAGUCUGUGUCCCGCUACAGGAGCUGUGUGUGUCCCGAGCCCAGAGAGGGAGGAGCCAGGUGUCCUGGGGAGCAGGAAGUGCACAGCGGGGUGGGGGUCCAAAUCCAGAGACAGCCCUGUCCCCUCCUCAGCUUCUGUCCGGUGCAUGGUGCCUGGAGUCCAUGGUCAGUGUGGUCAGAGUGUGAUGGUUGUGAAGGGGCCUCCACACGGACUCGUCAAUGCAGCAGCCCCCCCGCCCGCUUCGGGGGUCUCCCUUGUUUGGGGGAGACCAGGCAGAGCCGCGCCUGCCAGGACAACUCCACUGUCUGCUCUGACUGUGGGGGGGGACAGGUGGACUGGCCAUGUGGGAGGCCCUGUCCCCGCUCCUGCGCUGACCUCCAGGGGGACACGGACUGCCAGGACAGUCCUGAGUGCAGCAGGACGUGUGGCUGUCCCGGAGACACACUGCUCCAGGACGGCGUGUGUGUGAGAAGAGAGGACUGUCGCUGCAGCUUCUACAACGGCUCGGCCCCCGAUGCCCCGGACUCCAGUGGGUCGUGGCAGGUUGCAGAUCCAGGAGAGAGUGUCAUCACUGACUGCACAAACUGCUCCUGUGAGGCUGGGGUUCUUCAGUGUGACUCCCUCCCUGGUUGCCGUGUUGAUGGGAGCUGGAGCCAGUGGAGUCUCUGGACCGAGUGCUCCAUGACCUGUGGGGGCGGAGUCAAGACCAGGAAGCGCCUUUGCAAUAACCCUGCCCCUCAGAGCGGUGGGCGGGGCUGUGUGGGCGUGGCCGAUCAGCGCAGAGAAUGCAACACUCACAUCUGUACGGACUCUGGGGGCCCCUGGUUGCCGUGGUCGCUGUGGUCAGAGUGCACUGUGAGCUGUGGAGGAGGACAUCAAUCCCGCUUUCGUGUCUGCAAGUCCCCUCCCUGCAGCGGCCCGGAGCGCCAGAGCAAGACCUGCCACACACACGUCUGCCUGGAGGAGGGCUGUCCUCCUGGACGUCUGUACCGUGAGUGUGAGCGAGGGGAGGGCUGUCCCUUCAGCUGUUCCCAGAUCAGCGGCAGAGAGAGCUGCUACUCAGACGGCUGUGAAGAGGGGUGUCACUGUCCCCCCAACACCUACCAGCACCAGGGAGACUGUCUGCAGGAGUGUCCCUGUCUGGUGGAUCAGGAGCUCCUCAGGUCUCUGCAGAGUGUCUCUGUGUCCUCUCUCUCCUCUCUCCACCUCUACAACAUCUCUGAGGGCUUUGUCCAGCCCUACAACAUCUCCGAGGGCUCACAUCACAUCUCUAACAUCUCUAACAUCUCUGAGGGUUCUGAGGGCCUGGAGCUACAGUCUGGAGACUCCUUUGUGCACGACUGUAGCACAUGUGAGUGUAUGCAUGGUCAGUGGAACUGUUCCUUGGAGCACUGUCCAGUGGAUGGGGGCCUGUCCUCGUGGGGCCCCUGGAGCCCCUGCUCUCUGUCCUGUGGAGGACUCGGUACCAAGAGCCGCUUCAGGAGCUGCACACAGCCUGCUCCUGCACACGGAGGCCGAGCGUGUCGAGGAGCGGGCCAGGAGUCCACCUUCUGCCAGGCUCCAGACUGUCCAGUUCUGGUGAGCCCUACAGAAGAGCCCGCCCUGCCAGAUGAGGACCUGACCUUUUCCACCUGGUCGAGCUGGAGCUCUUGUUCUAAAACCUGCAGUGAAGCACACAGUCCUGCCACUAAGAGCCGCCACAGACAGUGCCUGAGCCCACCCUGCCAGGGCAGCUCCCACCAGGAGAAGACCUGCAACCUACCACAGUGCACUGACUCGGGGCCCUGCCUGGGCCCUCAUUGCUCUGAGGUGAACUGUUCGUGGACUGAGUGGGCGGAGUGGGGCCCCUGCUCUCGCUCCUGUGGGGUCGGUCAGCAGCUGAGGAUACGCACUUUCCACAGUCCAGGUCCCAACGGCUCCUGGUGCGAGGACGUCCUGGGGGGAAACGAGGAGCAACGCUUCUGCAACAUCAAGCCCUGCCGAGUGGACGGGGGGUGGUCCCGCUGGAGUCCCUGGUCCCGCUGCGAUAAGCGAUGUGGGGGAGGACGGUCCAUCCGCACUCGCUCCUGCUCCAGUCCACCCCCCAAGAACGGAGGCAGGAAGUGUGAGGGGGACAAGAACCAAGUGAGGCCCUGCAACACCAGGCCCUGUGAGGAGCAGGGAUGUCCUCCAGGUCAGGAGUUUGUCCUCUGUGCCGACCACUGUCCUCAGCGCUGCUCCGACCUGCAGCUGGGCCUCGAGUGUCAGAGCAACUCUGAGUGUCAGCCGGGCUGCCGCUGCCCCACAGAAGCUGCAGAGGUUGUGUGCUCCAUGUAUGACUCCCACACCCUCCCUCCUGUCCUCUCCUCCCUCCUGUCCUCUCGUCCCUCCUCUCCUCUCCUCCCUCCUCUCCUCUCGUCCCUCCUCUCCUCUCCUCCCUCCUCUCCUCUCGUCCCUCCUCUCCUCUCAUCCCUCCUCUCCUCUCAUCCCUCCUCUCCUCUCCUCCCUCCUGUCCUCUCGUCCCUCCUGUCCUCUCGUCCCUCCUCUCCUCUCCUCCCUCCUGUCCUCUCCUCCCUCCUCUCCUCUCGUCCCUCCUCUCCUCUCGUCCCUCCUCUCCUCUCGUCCCUCCUCUCCUCUCAUCCCUCCUGUCCUCUCUCCUCUCGUCCCUCCUCUCCUCUCAUCCCUCCUCUCCUCUCAUCCCUCCUGUCCUCUCUCCUCUCGUCCCUCCUCUCCUCUCAUCCCUCCUCUCCUCUCAUCCCUCCUGUCCUCUCUCCUCUCAUCCCUCCUCUCCUCUCGUCCCUCCUCUCCUCUCGUCCCUCCUCUUCUCUCAUCCCUCCUGUCCUCUCUCCUCUCGUCCCUCCUCUCCUCUCAUCCCUCCUGUCCUCUCUCCUCUCGUCCCUCCUCUCCUCUCAUCCCUCCUGUCCUCUCUCCUCUCCUCCCUCCUGUCCUCUCGUCCCUCCUCUCCUCUCGUCCCUCCUCUCCUCUCAUCCCUCCUGUCCUCUCUCCUCUCAUCCCUCCUGUCUUCUCUCCUCUCAUCCCUCCUGUCCUCUCUCCUCUCUCCUCUCAUCCCUCCUGUCUCCCCCUUUCUCCCUGUUGUGUGUUGCAGGCAGCCUGGAGCAGGGGGGCGUGUGUGUGCAGCUGUGGCAGUGUGACUGUUUGGACGCUCAGGGACAGGAGUGGGCCGCAGGCAGCUCUCACACGUCCCUUUGUAACAACUGCUCGUGCUCUGACGGACAGCUGCUCUGCACCAAUCAGAGCUGUGGGAGCCCCUGCGCCUGGAGCUCCUGGUCGCUCUGGUCGCCCUGCAGCACGACCUGUGGAGCCGGCCUCAGGACCCGAUACAGGUCUCUGAUCCCCGAGAGCGAAGGGGGCGAGUGCCAGUUUGAGGAGGUCCAACACAAGUCCUGUGACCCCGGCCCGUGCCCACCCCUCUGCCUCCACGACCUCAAGGAGCUGAGUGUGGGGGACAGCUGGCUGCAGGGGGAGUGUGAGCAAUGCACGUGCACUCCGGAGGGGCCGUACUGCCAGGACAUAGACUGCAGAGUGGAUGGAGGCUGGACCCCGUGGUCAGAGUGGUCCGACUGCUCAGUGACCUGUGGUGGAGGCUCUCAGCUCCGGACACGAGCUUGUAUCAACCCCCCGCCCCGAAACAACGGCUCGGGCUGCAGCGGGGACGAGCGGGACAGCCGGGGAUGCCACGGGUCGCCAUGUCUGGAUGAGCUGUGUCCCUGGUCCUCCUGGUCCUCCUGCUCUCAGAGCUGUGGGGCGGGCUCUAUGUCCCGCAGGAGAGAGUGUGUGUGUGAGGAGGGGGGAGAGGGGGGAGACGAGGGGCGAGAGGCCUGUCCCGCUCAUGUUCAGGAGACCCAGCUAUGCUACAGACGCCCCUGCCCUGACUGUCCCAUGUCUCCCUGGACUGAGUGGUCGUCCUGCUCCUGUGUGUCCCAGAGACAGCAGCGGCACCGUGUAGCUCUGGCUCCUGCCACUGGGGGGCAGCAGUGCUCUCCUGUGGAGUCCCAGAGCCGAGCGUGCAGCCUCCACAACUGCACAGACUGCCCCGCCCCCUUCCUCUUCUCUGAGUGUGUAUCUCCGUGUGAGAAACACUGUUCUCUCGCGGGACGUCCCGAGCUCUGCCCCGACCUGCCUCAGUGCACCCCAGGGUGCUACUGCCCCCCGGGCCUGCUGCAUCAGAAUGGCUCGUGUGUUGCUCCCCAUCUCUGUGGUUGUGUGUACCCCCAGGGGGACCCCCCCUCUCUGGCCCUGGUCCCACAGAAAGGCUCGGUGUCGCUGGGCUGCUCUCAAUGCUUCUGCCAGGAUGGAACUCUGGAGUGUGACAUGAGGGGGUGUCAGGUGGUCCUCAGUGAGUGGUCAGACUGGACGCCCUGCUCCCCCUGCCAGCCCCCCUCCUCCUCCUCCUUCUCCUGGGAAACAGAGAUCCGGCUGGUCUCCCUGCAGAGGCGCUUCAGAGCCUGCCUGGACCCAGACUCUGGUCUCCCUGUUCCCGCCGAACACGAACAUUGUGUGGGCGAGCUGCAGGAGCAGCGGCUCUGUCCUGAGCCCCACAUCUGCACAGACCAGUGCCAGUGGAGUACGUGGAGCUCCUGGACAGUGUGUGCUGACCCCUGCAGUGGGGGGGUCAGACAGCGCUAUAGGUGGACCCUCGCCUCCCCCCCAGGGCCCCACUGUCGGAGCCAGCAGACUCAAAGCCAGAGUUGCAACACAGGCCUCUGUCCAGGUGAGCGGUGUGAGGACAGGGGGCGGAGCUACCAGGAGAGCUGUGCCAAUCAGUGCCCUCGGAGCUGUACCGACCUGUGGGAGCAUGUGCAGUGUCUCCAGGGCGUCUGCCACCCAGGUUGUCGGUGUCCUCAGGGGCAGCUGUUGCAGGAUGGUGUGUGUGUCCCCAUAACACAGUGUCGCUGUGGGGUCCCAUCAGGAAAUGGGACUCUGGAGUAUAAGCCCAAAGACAGAGUCACGGCAGACUGUAACUCCUGUGUGUGUGUAAACGGCUCGCUGGUGUGUACUGAGAGGCCCUGUCCUGUGUAUGAGACCUGGAGCACCUGGAGCAGCUGUUCUGUGACCUGUGGCAGAGGUCAAAGGUUGAGGACCCGUCUUUGUCAACAGACAGAAGGGGGACCCCCCUGUGAGGCCACCACCCAGACUGAGGGCUGUGCCCUGGUCCCCUGCCCAGCCGGCUGUGUGCUCAGUGACUGGGCCUCAUGGACUGAGUGCAGCGCCUCUUGUGGCGGGGGAGUGUCAGUGCGGAACAAAACGGUCCUCCAGGAGCCGGAGGAGGGAGGGGCCCCCUGCCCGCAGGCCCUGGAGCAGCACAAAGUUUGCAACAGUCAUGGCUGCCGCCCAGACUGCCCCUCAGGACAGCAGCUCCGCCCCUGUGGGGGGUCCUGCCCACACACCUGUGAGGACCUGUGGACACACACACAGUGUGUGGAGGGGGCCUGCACCCCAGGGUGCGCCUGCCCACCGGGACAGGUUCUGUUCGGGGGGGUGUGUGUGGCCCCCACAGCCUGCCCCUGCUCCCCCCUCUCCCUGCCCCUUGCCUUUCACAGCAGGAACAGCAGCCUGGAGGAGCUGCCUCUGCUGCCCCUUGCCUUUCACAGCAGGAACAGCAGCCUGGAGGAACUGCUGCCCCCUGGAACCAGGAUACAGCACCUGUGCAACACCUGUCUGUGUGAGAGCGGCCGCUUCAGCUGCACGCAGCAGGUCUGCGACGUGGACUGUGAGUGGUCCUCCUGGUCCCCGUGGUCUCCUUGUUCUGUGAGCUGUGGUACAGGAGAGCAGACGUCCCACAGACUCGUCCUGAAGCCCCAACAGUUCAAAGGGGCCCCAUGUGACGGGCCCUCCCAGCGUAGCCGCAGCUGCCGGGCUCCAGACUGUGCCUGUCCUGAGGGGGAGCAGUGGAAGCGCAGUGGGGACCAGCCGCUGUGUGAGCGGAGCUGCCUCCACAUGUACGGUCCUCUCCCUGAGGGCUGCAACCUGCGCUCUGAGGCCCCAACCUCUGAGGCCCCGCCCUCUACGGCCCCGCCCUCUGAGGCCUGUGUGUGUGAGGAGGGCCGGUACCGACUCAACAGCACCGGGGCCUGUGUGAUCCCAGCUCUGUGCCCCUGUCUCCACCGGGACGUCCUGCAUCAGCCUGGCUCUCAGUGGGAGGACGGCUGCAGUAAUUGCCGUUGUGUGAACGGAAGGACACUGUGUAAACUCAGGUGCUCACCGCUGCAGUGUGAAGAGGAUGAAGUGAAAGUGGAAGAACCAGGAAACUGCUGUCCAGUGUGUAGGAGGCACUUCCCAGGAGAGCCGGGGCCAGAGUGCAGGCUCUACACCGAGCUCCGAAAUAUCACCAAAGGAGAGUGUCGUCUGGACAAUGUGGAGGUCAGCUUCUGUAGGGGGCGCUGUCUGUCCAAGACUGACGUCAUCCUGGAGGAGCCGUACCUGCGCUCCGUUUGUGACUGCUGCAGUUACCGUCUGGACCCUCAGACCCCGGUUCUCUUCCUCAGUUUGCCGUGUCCUAACGGGGACCGGGAGCCUGUGGUGUUGCCACGUAUACACAGCUGCGAGUGCACCAGCUGCCAGGGAGGAGACCUGUCCCGACGCUAA